UUGUUCGGUGUAAACAAUAUGGCGGCCACACAAAACAAGAAAGAAGCGACACGUUUGUUUCAACAGUUUUGAUAUGGAUAAAAACAAUAGUGCAAAACAAAACAGUAAGAAAAUUCAGAUGGGUACAGAAAAAUCGAAAAAGUCAGCUGGUAAAAAGAAAAAGAAGAACAAAAAGACGAAAAACGAUCAAAGUCCGGAUAUUCUGGAGGUGGAAGGGGUUCAAGCACUUGAACAAACAGAACCAGAGUCAGACUGCUCAUUAAGUCGCCAGGCAGGUUCGGGUGUGGGUUCCACAGAUUCCCCCGUCAGCGGACAUAGGCCAUCACCAGUACAGUCCGCAAAGUCUUCCAUUCAGCCAGAAGCUAGCUCAACAAACAACGCCAUACCGACACAGAAUAACCCAACAGACAAUGAUUUAUCAAACAAAACUAAAUCCUCAAUACUAAUAUCCGCAAGAAAGUCAUCAGUCGACACACCAGUCAGCGGAACUUUAAAACACACGCAGUCAGCGAGUGUUCUGAGCACUUCUGAACACGUACUUAGAAAAAACACUGUUUCGUUUUCUAAUCUUGAUGAAAUUCAGUCUGUAUCAACAAGUCUUUCGACAAUGUCAGUGAAAUCUAAAAAUGCUUCCCAAAGGGGCAAAACGAAGACUGGUACCAAAACAACCUCAAGUGGUGCUACAAAACGAGAACGUGAAAAAACUAUGAAAAUAGAUCCACAAAAAAGCGCUAUAAAUAAAGCUGCAGAGGAGGCUGCAAGAAUUAGAAGCGAAGAAAGUUUACGCUGGGAAUUCAAGCUAGAUGACGAAGAUCAAGAAAUGGAAAGAUUACGAAUUUAUAAAAUAAAUCGACGGAAGCGUUACCUUGCCGCAGCUCAAGAAAAAGGUCUUGGCUGGGUUGUUAAUUAUGGAAAUAAUGGUUCCCCAUUAGCGGAUGAAUCAUUAACUGAUGUAAAUGAAAGGGAACCAAUCAGUACAAAUGUGACAGACUUCAGUCCCGUUAGAAGUAUACUUACUAGUCAAAGAAACACACCAAUGAAUAUAGGUGGUGAAAUUGCAUGCUAAAUAAUUGCCGAACAUACAUAUUUAAGUAGGUAGUUAACUUUGGUACAAGGUAAACAGUUGUUGU